CAUUGAGAGCCGACCGGCCGGCCGGUCGGCGGUCACUAUUAUAUAUUUAUAUAUAUACAUAUAAUAUACAAGACAUGCUUGUUUACGACUUCCGUCACUCUUCGACCGCAGUAAAAAAUAAAUAGAUUAUCAGUGUCUACAUUUUUAACGAUCUUUCUCUAUCUUGUCAGCUCUCCAUCUCUAAAAUAUAUACAGAAUAAUCGUUCGUUUAUACACAACCUCGGCGGGGAUGAAACUGCAACAGUAGACGUCAGAUUGCAUCGAAUAGUAAGGAGAAAAUGUUUAAUCAACGGAAGUACUCAAUUCGUAACUUUUUACUAAAUUGAGGGUUGAACUCUGGGCACUCUGGCUUUUGGAGAAAACCAAAUUGAGUAUUAUUGUAGAAAUGUGCGUUUAAAAAGUACAACUUAUACAGUUAUAUAAUAAGUUGUAUAAGUAGAAAAUAGUCCUGUUGUACGUUGUACAAAUGUACAAUCUGAUAAUCGACUGUCGUCAACAACAACAACAACGUCAACAACAAUAAUUAUUAAAUACAGUAUACAAAGCAAAAGGCGAUAUUGUUGUUAAAAAAAGACGUCACCGACAACCUUGAAUCUACCCCUUCCACCGCCACAGGCAUCGAUCAGCUGACGGGACGGCGGCGUGCGCGUGCCGCGCUUCGGAAGAGAAGUCGACAAAAUAUCACGUUCAGAACGUUCACAGUUCUGUUGUUACUUGUUAGUUCAUUAGUUGUCGCUCCGCAGUCCGCUUUCGUCGUCUCCUCGUUACCGAAUACGACCGAUCACUUCAUCCCCAUUUGAGUGCAUCGGUAUUAGCUCGUAUUUCGUUUCACCAUGGAACCGGUGGUAAUAAAAACAACGCCGUAUGAAGGCCAAAAGCCAGGAACCAGCGGCUUGCGCAAGGCUGUCAAAGUAUUUCAGCAGCCCAACUACACGGAAAACUUUGUGCAGGCUGUGCUCGGCGCCGUCCAACCGACGGCGGCUGGUAGCACCUUAGUGGUCGGCGGCGACGGUCGGUUCUUUUGCGCUGAAGCCGUGGACGUGAUAAUUAAAAUCGCUGCUGCUAACGGGGUAAAAAAAUUAAUUGUAGGACACAAAGGAAUUUUAUCAACUCCAGCUGUAUCCUGCAUCAUUCGAAAAUAUAAAGCAACCGGAGGUAUAGUACUUACAGCUAGUCAUAACCCAGGAGGUCCUAACAAUGAUUUUGGUAUUAAGUACAACACAGCCAAUGGAGGUCCUGCUCCAGAAUCUGUUACAAAUGCCAUUUACGAGCUUACUAAAAGUAUCACUUCUUAUAGUAUUGUACCAGAUUUGAAAUGUUCAAUAGAAUAUUGUGGUUUACAAUUUUUCAAAGUUAGUGGUAAAGAAUUUGAAGUAGAAGUCAUUGACUCCGUUGUGGAUUAUCUUCAGUUGAUGAAAAGCAUUUUUGAUUUUGAUGUUAUUCGCAAGUUAAUUCAAGGGUCCAAUAAUAAAGCACCUUUUAAUAUUCUUAUUGAUUCAAUGAAUGGAGUUACUGGACCUUAUGUAAAGAAGAUUUUUAUUGAAGAAUUAUGUGCACCAUCUAAUAAUGCCAUCAAUGUGGUACCUUUAACCGACUUUGGUGGAAUUCAUCCAGACCCUAAUCUUACUUAUGCUUUUGGCCUUGUAAAAGCAUUACAGGAAGGGGAGUAUGAUCUUGGUGCCGCUUUUGAUGGAGAUGGUGAUCGUAAUAUGAUUCUUGGUAAAAAAGCAUUUUUCAUCAACCCAAGUGAUUCGUUAGCUGUUUUAGCAAAUAAUCUAGAAUGUAUCCCUUACUUUAAAGUGAAUGGUGUCAGAGGGUUUGCUAGAAGUAUGCCAACAGGUGCAGCUGUGGAUAGGGUGGCUGCAAAGCUAGGAAAAGAACUUUUUGAAGUACCUACAGGCUGGAAAUUUUUUGGAAAUUUGAUGGAUGCAGGUCGUUUGUCACUUUGUGGUGAAGAAAGCUUCGGAACUGGUUCUGAUCAUAUUCGUGAAAAAGAUGGAAUAUGGGCUGUCUUGGCAUGGUUAUCAGUGUUAGCCAAUACUGGAGAGUCUGUAGAAACUAUACUUACUAAUCAUUGGAAAACUUUUGGACGUAAUUACUUCACUAGAUAUGACUAUGAAAAUUGUGAAUCUGAACCAUCUAACCAACUUAUGUCAGAUUUGGAAAAAAAAGUUACUGAUCCUGCAAUUAAGGGUCAGAAAUUUAUUUAUGGUUCAAAGAUUUAUGUAUUCAAGCAAGCUGAUAAUUUUGAAUAUUGUGAUCCGAUUGAUAAUAGUGUCACUAAAAAACAGGGUAUAAGAGUGUUAUUUGAAGAUGGAUCCAGGUUUGUAUUUCGAUUAAGUGGUACUGGCAGCAGUGGUGCUACUAUUCGUUUAUAUGCUGAAUCAUAUGAACCACCAACCUCAAAUAUUUUAGAAGAUGCUCAAGUGGCUCUUAAUCCUCUUGUUCAAAUAGCAUUGGAGAUUUCUAAAUUGGUGCAAUUUACUGGACGUACUUCUCCAACUGUGAUUACGUAAGGAUCCUGAGUUUCUUUAUUCAAAAUUUAGUUUUCUUCAAAAAUGUUUGUUGUUAAAAUGUUGUGAUUUUUUCAUAUUAUAACAAUUAAUUAGUUAAUGUUUAAAUAUAGUAGUUAUCCGUUAAAUAAUAAUAUGAUUAAAGUAAUUUAUAUUUUAACUAAUUAUAAAUAAUAAAUACUUAAUAAAAAUACAUUAUAUUUAUUAAAGGUAUAUAUAUAUAUAUAUACAUAUUUACAUAUUAUUUAUAAAAUUAUUAUUUAUUUGAAAGAAUGUUAAUAAAAUUUAAUUAUAUUAUUGUUAAAAACAAUGAUAAUUUUGAUGAAUAAAAGUUUUAAAAAUCCUUCUCCUUCUCAAUAUUUUUUUUUUAAACUUAAACAUAAAAUUUUAUCAUGUUGUUUUCUUUUAUUAAGUCUUGUUAUGAUUCUUAUUGUAUUUUGUUAUUAGUUUUUUAUACAAAUAAAUCUAUAGACCAAGUUCAGCAUGAAAAACUUGAAUCAUCAAUACUUCACCAUAUCUGAUUCAUUUAUAAUUACCACAUUAUGUAAAUUAUAUUAUUUUGGUAUUUUAAUUUGUUUUUACAAUAUUUCAAUACAGCUAUAAUUAUGUACAGCUGUAUUUCGAACUAAGUCUUAAGAAUUUGUUUAAAUCAGUUAUUAAUUUGUAAGUUUAAUCUUACUCUAAAACUUAAAAAUAUUAGGUGGGGUUACCUUUGAAAGUUUUUGUUGAUGUUGUUUUUGAUCCGUAAAGGGUAAUUAAAACUCUUUAACCAGUUGAUACUGCCAAUAGCUUGUGGAGUCUAAUUUGCCCGAUGGGAUUUUAAAUGUUGACUCGAUUAAUGUUAUAAAUUAUAAUUAUUAAUAUUAUUCUAUUAUAAAUUUUAAAUGUGUUUUAGUUGUAUAUUAUAUAUAGCGUAUUUUAAAAUUAUAAUAUGCUAUGUACUGUAUAAAUUAAAUAUCGUAAUAGUAUAAUUGUGAUAUGUGAAUAUGUGUAACCACUUAGUUUAAAUAAAUAAAUUUGUAUUAUUUUUUAUUUAAAAGGA